GACUUCCAUUUGGACCAUGUCGGCUGUGCAAGCCACGUGAGCUUCCCGUUUGGAUAUAGCGCGAUCCCUGCGUCCACGCCCCCACGCCUUGUACAUCUCCACACAGGCAUCAGUCAUAUCUCCAAAUCAUGGCCCGCCUCGGAGCGCCUUCGCAUACUGUUGCCAUGUCCAGAGAACCUUUGCAAUUCAUCGUCCUCGGCGAGUCUGGCGUCGGCAAGACCAGCUUCGCCGACAAAGUCGCCCUCGACACCCAGUAUCACCGCUACGACCCAUUCGCAAUGCCUCAUGGUUCUCAAUUGCCGGAUCCUAAUCACGAAUCUCAAGCGAAUUCUACCCGCAUGAAGCUGCAGGUUGACGGCGAACUCCUCGACAUUGGCAUCAUGGAUGUCAGUCUGACGCCGAUACGGGUUAGAGAGCCUGGGUUCGUGUCUAGUCUCUUUGACCUGUUCUUACGGGACACUGAUGGUGUUUUACUUCUAUACGACAUCACGAGCGAGGAGAGCUACAAGCACGUAACGGAAUUUGGAUGGGAUUACAUCUGGGCGUGUAGAUCAUCUCUCCCCUCUAAGAGGUUUGGAUGUACGCUCGUCGGCAACAAAGUAGAUCUCGUACGAGGAGGUGACAGCACAAAGAGACAAGUGCCCAAAGAUCGGGCUGAAGAAUGGGCAAGCAUGGUUGGCGUCAAUGCAUUCGAAGUCGAUAGAUUCGACAAAAGUGUGCUGGAAGACGUCCUGCGAGAUUUGGUCAAACAUACGGAUUGGGCGCAGCGAAGGACUCGGGAGGAUAUGGAGGUGAUUGCUGAGAGUAAGAAGGGAGCAAUGGAGGCCCAAGAGCCGACCGCACAGCCAACCCAGAAGACAAAGCACAAGAGCAAGGUAUUCUCUACAGUGUCAAGAUUUAAAAAUCUUCUUUCAAGUAGGGGUUUUGGCGCCAGUUCGAAAGCAUAAUUACAAUGAC